AUGGAGGAAUCGAGUGGCGGCGGCGGCAUCGCAACCCAGCUCGACAACUCCGACGCAUCGCAACUCAUUCGACAGGCGGUUCUAUUCGAAAACGUCGAGCUUCUCGCCGAUUUGUUUCGCGAGCAUCCGUGGACGUGGAAUCGCGUCGAUCGACACGGACGAACACCACUAAUGCUCGCCGCCCACAACGGCAAAUUGAACAGCCUCCGAACAAUUCUAAUGUGUUCUCCAGACUCGUUAGAUCUCGAAAAUGAGAGGGGUAAAACAGCUCUACACAUGGCCGCCGAGUCGGGCGAAACCGAAAUUGUGCUCGAUCUCGUCGAAUCCGGAUCCGAUCCGAUGCGGAUCGACAACGAUGGUCAUUGUGCAUUAGAAAUCGCGCAGAUGGCUGGACAUAAUGAGGUGGCCGCUGCACUAAUUGAAGCGAUUCAAAAAGAGAAUGAGGACCUAAAUGAGGCUCACGAGAGAUUAAUAAGCGCGUGCAUCGAAGGCGACUCGAAAACCGUCGACGAAAUUUUGGAAGAAAAAACGCGAAAAAAAUCAAAUCGCCAAAUAUUGUUUAACGGAAGAACGGCCGACGAUAACACAGCUCUUUUAAUAGCUUGCACCCACGGCCGUUACGAGAUUGUCAAGCGCCUUCUAGUCUUCACCGAACACCAGCUUAUCAGUCCCAACACGAAAGAUACCGUAAUCCUUGUGGCGGUCUCAUCAAAAAACAUCGACGUGCUGAGAAUAGUUUUAGAAGUAAGUCGGUCAUAG